GCCCAGAGCCGGGCGGGGUGGCUGUGUCCCUCGCGGCGCCCCGCCUCCGUCCGCGAGUCGGAUCCCGGCGCAGGACUGUCGCGCCGGUGCCUGACCCACCCUCGACCCUCACCCUGCGUUGCGACUUUUGAGCCGCGCCUACACGUCGCCCUCUCAACCCCCGCCAGCAGCCAGACUUUACCCAGCCCGGGACUCUGACCCUCGCUCCGCCCGCGCGGCCAGAAUCAAGUCCUGAGUGUGGCGAGUUCGGCGGCGUCGGGAACCCAGAGGCAUCGCGCAGGUAGCAGAUUGUCGCCCUUGCUUGUGAGUCAUGGCAGCUCGCAUGAAGGGCCAAGUAUGUGUGGUGACUGGGGCCUCCAGGGGAAUUGGCCGUGGCAUCGCCUUGCAGCUCUGCCAAGCAGGUGCCACGGUUUACAUAACCGGCCGCCAUCUAGACACCCUGCAGACCACUGCUCGGGAGGCACAAUCCCUUGGGGGCAGAUGUGUGCCUGUGGUGUGCGAUUCGAGCCAAGAGAGUGAAGUGAGAAGACUGUUUGAGCAAGUUGAUCAGGAACAACAGGGGCGUCUGGAUGUGCUGGUCAACAAUGCCUAUGCUGGCGUCCAAGCACUCCUGAACACCCAGAGUAAGAAGUUCUGGGAAACUCCUGCCUCCAUAUGGGAUGAUAUCAACAAUGUGGGACUCAGAGGCCACUACUUAUGCUCGGUGUAUGGAGCACGGCUGAUGGUACCAGCAGGCCGGGGGCUCAUCGUGGUGAUCUCCUCUGUUGGGGGCCUGCAGUAUAUGUUCAACGUUGCCUAUGGUGUGGGCAAAGCUGCGUGCGACAGGCUGGCUGCUGACUGUGCUCAAGAGCUGCGGCGUCACGGAGUCAGCUACGUGUCCCUGUGGCCAGGGUUGGUACAGACAGAACUGCUCAAGGACCAUAUGGCAAAGGAGGAGGCCUCUCAGGAUCCCCUGUUUAAGCAGUUCAGUUCAGUUUUCCCUUCUGCGGAAACCACGGAAAUGAGUGGCAAGUGUGUGGUGGCUUUGGCAACAGAUCCCAAUAUCCUGAGCCUGAGCGGGAAGGUGCUGCCGUCCUGUGACCUUGCUCGACGCUAUGGGCUUCGGGAUGUGGAUGGCCGCCCUGUGCAAGAUUAUUUGUCUCUGAGCUCCGUUCUCUCGAACUCUUCCAGCCUGGGCUGGCUGGCCUCCUACUUACCCGGCUUCCUGCGUGUGCCCAAGUGGGCCAUGACCCUGUACAGUAGCAAGUUCUAACCCUCAGGCCUGUCGCCACUCUGCCUUCUCACAUGGGCUGAGGUGAUUAGGCCUGUCUCAGAGCAAUGCCUACUGUACCCUUGAUAUGAAGAGAAGGCCUCUGCUGUGUCAGCGGUGAGUCUGGGAGCCCUCAGGUCACUCUCUGUGCCUUGAUUUCCCUUGUGCCUGCAUUUUCCUUGUUGCUUCAGUAUUAUAAAAUGCCCUGGGGGCUAAUAAAGGUUUCAUUUCUUCUUCA